AAUACAUUUUUAUAACACAUCUUGAACUAGUUCCAUGAACACUACAUUUGUAAAAGGCGACAACUCCGUAUAUGUAUAUAAACCAUAUGAUAAGGUCGCUACACUUGAGAUUUUAGAUAAGCUCAUUCGCCGGCAAUAUAACCGAAUAGAAAAACUGAUUAGUUUUCAUAGAACCACGUUACGAAUCAGUCAUUAAAGCCAUAGCAAAAUGUCACAGAAGGAUAAUUUUACGUUUCGUAGGGCUGAAAAGACGGAUAUGAAAGCCGUCGUAGAAAUGAUCCAAGAACUGGCCGAUUUUGAGCGCAUGAGCGACGGCCCGCAGCUGAGCGAGCAGGAUCUGAUACGUGAUUCGGGCUUGGAUGGCGGACACGAGUAUUGUCAAGUCUAUGUGCUCACAGACAAUACUACAAACGCCAGCAUUGGCUAUGCGAUCUGCUUCUACUCGUACUCCACCUGGCAAGGACGUUCACUUUUUCUUGAGGAUCUCUAUGUACGUCCAGCUUAUCGUAAGCAGGGAACCGGUGCGCGAAUGUUUCGGGAGGUAGCAGCAAUUGCGGUUCGACAGGGCUGCCGGCGAUUGGACUUCCACGUGCUCAGCUGGAAUCCGGCAUGUGAAUUCUAUAAUCAUCUAGGCGCAACGAAUUUAACCAAGUCGGAGUGUUGGCAAUUUUACCGCGUAGAGGAACAACAAUUGGCCAAGCUAGCUGAAGAAUUAAAGAGUUAACGAGCUGGAAGUUCUUUGAUCUGUCUAUUAUGUUGGCCUUAUUAACAAUAAAUAAUACUUUGCUAAA